AUUUUGUCAGCUGCAUUGUUCAGACUCUAGUGGAGUUUUAAUGAAGACAUUCGCCCGAGUUGCCAAUGAACCUUCCAUUUUGUCAGCUGUAGUGUAAUGAGGACUCUUAACGGAGUUUUAGUGAAGGCGCGCACCUAAGUUCUUCAGUGACCGUUCGGCUAGGUACUAUGAAAUUUCUAUUUACAUAACCGGCGGGUUGAGAAAUUAUUCAAGCCGUUGACUAGGCUUGUAAAACAGAAACAAGUUGAGAAAUUGAAGGUCCUUGUCGAAGAAACUGACAGAAUUGUCCUCUACCCAGCAGUUCUUGUCCUCUAGCAGGGGAAUCUUUUGUUACCUGGUGAAGGAAUCUAUCUCCGAACUACUAAUCCCAGAGAAAAAUGCAGCAUCCGUAUCAUUCCUCUAGGCAGAAGAAAGAGCACAGCCAAGCUCAGAUGACUAUGGUUUCUUCAACUGCCACUGUGCUCCUCUCUGUGUUCCUCGUGGGUCUGACUUGCUUGGCCAUAUACCUGUCCCAUCUCUUCUGGCUUAAGCCCCAGAGGUUCCGAAACAAGCUCCGGAGGCAGGGAAUUCAUGGCCCAGCACCUUCGUUUUUCUUCGGCAACAUUCCUGAUGUCAAAAAGAUCCAUUCGGAGAUGGCUCAGAAGAGGGCUCAGCAGGGCCAAAAUACAGAUCCAAUAUCAAAUGAUUAUAUGUCCCAGCUCUUUCCUCACAUAGACAAAUGGACGGACGAUUACGGUUCAGUAUUCACGUUCACCCUUGGGAACAUGGUAGUUGUAUGCUUAGGGGACUUAGAUGCAGUGAAGGAUUUCUGCCAGAAUAGAUCUCCCGAAUUCGGGAGGUCUUCUUACAUAAAGAAUAGCAGGGGAGUCCUAUUUGGCGAUGGCAUUAUAACUGCAAAAGGAGCAUCUUGGGUUCAGCAGAGGAAGAUCAUUAAUCCUGAGUUCUUUCCAGACAAAGUUAAGGGUAUGAUGAAGAUGAUGAUAGAAUCUGUGACACAAUUGAUGGGAAAAUGGGAAGCCAAGGUCGAAGGAGGAGGUGGGAUUGCCACUCUACAGGUUGAUGAGGAUCUGAGAAAUCUGUCUGCAGAAGUGAUCUCAAAAACUUGCUUUGGAAACAACUACUCUCACGGAAUGGAGAUUUUCUCAAAGAUGUUGGAGAUUCUUGAUUUGCUCAGCAAGCAAUACUCCUCUGUCGGUAUUCCAGGACAAAAAUACAUGCCCACCAAGACAAACCGGGAAGUCUGGAGGCUUGGGAAGGAAGUCAAAAAGUCUAUCAUGAAUCUGAUGAUCAACGAAAACAACGGGAACCCACAGAAUUUUCUAGACGUCCUUACGAAAAACUUCAUUGGUUCCCACAGCAACCGUCAUCUCAUAGUGGACAAUUGCAAGACUAUGUUCUUUGCUGGGCAUGAGACUACUGCAAAUACCAUUUCGUUCACUCUGAUACUCUUAGCACAUCAUGCGGAGUGGCAGAACCGAGCACGGGAUGAGGUGGUUGAGAUUAUUAAAGACGGGAAAAUCCUUACUGCUGAUAUGCUAAACAGAAUGAAAAUUUUAAAUAUGGUGAUAUAUGAGACUCUGCGUUUAUAUCCGCCUGGUCCUUUCAUGGCAAAAGAGACAAGCGAGGAGAUGAAAUUCGGGAAAUUUCUGAUCCCCAAAGGAGUCAAUGUUUGGCUUCCUUUGUCAGCACUACAUCGAGACCCGGCCAACUGGGGAGCUGAUGCAAGUGUAUUCAAUCCAGAAAGGUUCGCGAAUGGGAUCUCUUCUGCAUGCAAGCUCCCUUUUCUUUUCAUGCCCUUCGGAGUUGGAAUACGAACUUGUGUAGGCCAGAACUAUGCCAUGACAGAGCUGAAGAUAGUACUUGCCCUAGUAUUAUCGAAGUUUAGUUUCAGUUUGUCUCCAGAAUACAAGCAUUCCGUGGCAUGCAAGCUGUUCUUUAAGCCCGGCAAUGCAGUUUAUCUCAAGCUAGAGAGAAUCUGACACUUAUUUUCUAUAAUAUACAAAUCAGGACAGCUUUCUUA